GCGCGAACGCGGGGGAGGGGAAUGUCGCACCGGCUGGUGGCGGCGGCCAGCAGUCGAGCAGUGGUCGGGCCGCUGGCAGUGCUGUGGCGAUGCGGUGGUGGCCUACGCGGCGGCAGAACAGUAGGGACAGGCGUGAGGGCCCUCGGCACCGCCUGGCGGGGCCUCCAGGGGACCUGCUGCCAGCAGUUGGCUCUCCGGGUGAGACUGGCAUCAUUCUCCCAGUGGCUGUGGUCAAAACCACCCAAAGGGCUUGAGAAAUACUUUAAGAGGAGCGGAAGAAGCACAGACUCAGAAAAGCCAACAGCUCCAAAAAAAGAAACUGGUGAACCUAAGGGUGCUGGGCCUGGGGGAGAUAGCAGCAAGAGAGGAGGCCGACAGGAUGACACUGACUGGUGGAGGCGUAUGCAGAAGGGCGAGCUACCCUGGGAUGACAAGGACUUCCGCAGCCUGGCUGUUUUGGGGGCCGGCCUUGCCACGGGAUUUUUCUACUUCUAUUUUCGAGAUCCUGGAAAAGAAAUCAGCUGGAAGCACUUUGUACAGUUUUAUUUGGCCCGGGGUCUGGUAGACCGGCUGGAAGUCGUGAACAAACAAUAUGUGCGUGUUAUUCCUGCCCCUGGGAUGUCGGCAGAGCAGAAGUUAGUGUGGUUCAACAUCGGCAGCGUUGACACAUUUGAGCGAAACCUGGAGUCCGCACAGUGGGAGCUGGGGAUUGAGCCCGCCAACCAAGCAGCAGUGGUCUACACCACUGAGAGUGAUGGCUCUUUCUUGCGAAGCCUGGUGCCCACCUUGCUCCUGGUUGGGAUCCUCCUGUAUGCCGUGCGGAGGGGUCCAAUGGGGACUGGACGCAGUGGGCGAGGAGGAGGCCUCUUCAGCAUGGGAGAGACGACAGCCAAGAUCUUGAAGAAUAACGUGGAUGUAAAGUUUGCUGAUGUGGCCGGGUGUGAAGAGGCCAAGUUGGAAAUUAUGGAGUUUGUAAAUUUUCUGAAGAACCCCAAGCAGUAUCAGGACUUAGGAGCCAAAAUUCCCAAGGGAGCCAUGCUCACAGGCCCCCCCGGCACCGGGAAGACCCUCCUGGCCAAAGCUACUGCAGGGGAGGCCAGUGUGCCCUUCAUCACUGUGAACGGGUCCGAGUUCCUGGAGAUGUUUGUCGGCGUUGGCCCAGCAAGGGUUCGUGACAUGUUUGCAAUGGCCCGAAAAAAUGCUCCUUGUAUAUUGUUCAUUGAUGAGAUCGACGCGAUUGGCAGGAAGCGUGGUCGCGGGCACUUCGGGGGCCAGAGCGAACAGGAGAACACGCUGAACCAGAUGCUUGUGGAGAUGGAUGGGUUCAACUCUACCACCAAUGUCGUGGUGCUUGCAGGCACCAACCGCCCGGACAUCCUUGACCCAGCCCUGAUGCGGCCGGGCCGCUUCGACCGGCAGAUUUACAUCGGACCCCCAGACAUCAAAGGCAGGUGCUCCAUCUUCAAGGUCCACCUGCGUCCCCUGAAACUGGAUGAAAGCCUCAGUAAGGAGGCUCUGGCGAGGAAACUGGCUGCGCUUAGCCCAGGGUUCACAGGUGCUGACAUCUCCAAUGUUUGCAACGAGGCGGCCCUGAUUGCCGCCCGCCACCUGAGCCCCUCUGUGCGGGAGAAGCACUUUGAGCAGGCCAUUGAAAGGGUCCUUGGAGGUCUGGAGAAGAAGACUCAGGUCCUACAGCCCAGUGAGAAGACAACUGUAGCCUACCAUGAGGCUGGGCAUGCCGUGGUGGGCUGGUUCUUGGAGCACGCGGACCCCCUGCUCAAGGUGUCGAUCAUCCCUCGGGGAAAGGGACUUGGCUACGCCCAGUACCUGCCCCGGGAGCAGUACCUGUACACACGGGAGCAGCUCUUCGACCGCAUGUGCAUGAUGCUGGGGGGCAGGGUUGCUGAGCAGCUGUUCUUCGGGCGGAUCACCACAGGUGCCCAGGAUGACCUGAGGAAAGUCACGCAGAGCGCCUAUGCACAGAUUGUCCAGUUUGGGAUGAGUGAGAAGCUGGGCCAGGUGUCCUUUGACCUCCCACGGCAGGGCGAGGCGCUGGUGGAGAAGCCAUACAGCGAGGCUACAGCCCAGCUCAUCGAUGAGGAGGUGCGGCACCUCAUCAGCGCUGCCCAUGCACGAACCCUGGAGCUGCUGACACGCUGCCGAGAGCAAGUGGAGAAGGUGGGGCAGCGGCUCCUGGAGAAGGAGGUCCUGGAGAAGGCUGACAUGAUCGAGCUGCUGGGCCCCCGGCCCUUUGCAGAGAAGUCCACCUACGAGGAGUUUGUGGAAGGCACCGGCAGCCUGGAGGAAGACACAUCCCUCCCCGAGGGGCUGAAGGGCUGGAACCAGGAGCGGACAGAGGGCCAUAUGGAGGGCCAGGUGCAGGAGAGCCCCGCAUAACCCUUGUGUCUCUGUCGCGCCCUCAAACAGCCUCACAGGCUGUAGCCACCGAAACAAAUUAAACCCAUGGUAACUGCA